AACCCUUCAUCUCUUCUUCAUUCCAAUUUAAUUUUUCUCUCUGCAUUAUUCUUACUUCAGUUUCUCUUCUAUUUUACUUCACAACCAUGCCUGCGGGAGGAUUCUCCACGGCACCCGCUACAGGAGUCGAGUUUGAGGCCAAAAUCACUCCCAUCGUCAUCAUUUCUUGUAUAAUGGCUGCCACCGGAGGCCUCAUGUUUGGUUACGACGUUGGUGUUUCUGGUGGGGUGACGUCGAUGCCGUCAUUUUUGAAAAAAUUCUUCCCGGUGGUUCACCGGAGAAUCGAGGAGGGAGGAGACAGUAACUAUUGCAAAUACGAUAACCAAGGCCUUCAGCUAUUUACAUCAUCCUUAUAUCUCGCCGGAUUAACUGCCACCUUCUUCGCCUCCUACACCACUCGCCGCCUUGGCCGCCGCCCCACCAUGCUGAUCGCCGGUAUUUUCUUCAUACUCGGCACCGCCCUCAACGCCGCCGCCCAAAACAUCGAAAUGCUCAUCAUUGGUCGAAUCUUGCUUGGUUGUGGUGUGGGUUUCGCCAAUCAGGCAGUGCCACUAUUUCUAUCGGAAAUUGCCCCAACGAGAAUACGUGGCGGACUCAAUAUAUUAUUCCAACUUAACGUCACUAUUGGUAUUCUCUUUGCCAGUCUCAUCAACUACGGAACUGCCAAAAUCAAAGAUGGAUGGGGAUGGAGAUUAUCAUUAGGAUUAGCCGGAGUUCCCGCCGGUUUACUCACGAUUGGAGCCCUAUUAGUGGUGGAAACGCCAAACAGUUUGAUCGAACGAGGUCGUCUUGAAGAAGGAAAAGCCAUUCUAAGAAGGAUCAGAGGAACCGAAAACGUCGAACCGGAGUUUCUAGAGUUGGUCGAGGCGAGCCGGAUUGCAAAAGAAGUGAAACACCCAUUUAGAAACUUACUCAAGCGCCGGAAUCAACCGCAGCUCAUCAUCGCCGUCGCACUCCAAGUCUUCCAACAACUCACUGGAAUUAAUGCCAUUAUGUUCUACGCCCCGGUGUUGUUUAAUACUUUGGGUUUUAAGAACGAUGCCGCCCUUUACUCCGCGGUCAUCACCGGAGCUGUUAACGUUGUUUCUACUGUUGUAUCCAUUUAUUCGGUUGAUAAACUUGGCCGUCGCAUUCUUUUGCUUGAAGCUGGUGUUCAGAUGUUCAUUUCUCAGGUGGUGAUUGCAGUAAUCUUGGGAAUCAAAGUGAAAGAUGAUACAAACAAUCUCCACAACGCACUAGCCAUAGUGGUGGUAGUAAUGGUUUGCACAUUUGUGUCUUCCUUUGCUUGGUCAUGGGGUCCUUUGGGAUGGCUAAUUCCAAGUGAAACUUUCCCUUUAGAAACCCGAUCGGCGGGACAGAGUAUCACUGUAUGCGUCAAUCUUCUUUUCACUUUUGCCAUCGCUCAAGCCUUCCUCUCCAUGCUUUGCCACUUCAAGUUUGGUAUCUUUCUUUUCUUCUCCGGUUGGGUUCUUGUCAUGUCCGUCUUCGUUUUGUUUUUGCUACCGGAGACUAAGAACAUUCCCAUUGAAGAGAUGACCGAAAGGGUUUGGAAGCAACACUGGCUCUGGAAGAGGUUUAUGGAUGACAAUGACGAGGGUCAGAAUCACCAUCGUUAUGCAAAGGAAACUGUAAAGCCACUUGAGAAGGCUAAGAAUGGGACAAGCAAUGGAAAUGGGUUUAAUUCUGUUUCGUAUCAGUUGUAAAUUAGGAUUUUAGAAUAAAUAUUAUUGAUCUACUAGUCGGGUAAGAAAACAACCCAGAGAAAAAGUUCAUGCAUGGUAAGCUGUGGUUCAAAUUUUUCAACCACAAAGUUGGACGGAUAAAAGUGAACGUAGCUCCAUUAGCUAACAAAUGUUUUCCUUCUAGAGUAUGAAUUGGUUAAUUAAUUAGUUGGGGAGUUGGGGAGAAGGAUACCAAUGUGUUUGUUUUUAGUUAACGUUAUUCUGUUUAUCUUUUACUUUAAAUUAUUUUUAUUGUGGAAA